AUGUAUAUAGUCAACGUGACCUUGAUAAUUCAGUUGCUCUGGUUUCUACCGGAGCCAAUGACUAUCCAUUCUAUUUUACGGCCAAGAAAGGGAUUGCCUGCUUUCACUGAAGGACUUGUAAACCAGCUUGCUGCAGACCUACAACGUAUUAAUCGUCUAGGAGUGAAAAAAGUUGUAGCAGCAACACUACCGCUUCUAGGAUGCUUGCCAAUACACAUGAUUCCACCAAAUACAUAUCAGAAUUGCGACGAAGAAUACAACAAAAACGCCAAGAUUUACAACCAGCUAUUGCAGAAAGCAGUGGAGAAAUUGAACACUGGUGAUGGAAACAAAAGCACAUUUGUAAUUCUUGAUCUCUAUAACGCUAUGGUUUCUGCUAUUGACCAAUUCAGACAGAAUGCAGCAAACACUGCGUGCAAGAACCCGCUGCAGCCAUGUUGCUCGAAGACUGUUGAGUACAUAUGCUCAGCGGAAGGACUAUGCUCGAGUCCCAAGUCAUCUUUCUUUUUUGAUCUGGCACACCCUUCGGACAAUGGCUGGAAUGCUAUUUAUUCAUUUCUGCAAGGUUCUCUUCACAGAGGUCUGAGAGUUUGA